AUGAUGGACGGCGUCGACGAGUAUGCAGGCCAGGACUCGGGUACUCACCUCACGCUCGAGCUGCGAGGCACCCGCUUCACAAUCGAGCGCGAGACCAUGAUGAACCUGCCCGAAUCAGUGCUACUUUGCCUCUUCCCGAACGGCCUCAUCCUCACACGUCAGCCUCGCGUGCAGUCUCUCAUCGAUCAGGACGGAGGCGCUGGCGAGGACGACGAAGAGGAGCUCUACUUGGUUGACUUCGAUCCUCAGUGUCUCUCGUACGUCCUCAGCUUCUUCAAGACGGCACAAGACGACUUUUACGGCACGCACGAAGCCCCUGGCAAGUACCGUCCGAGCUCGUCCUUUGGCAACAACUCUGGCAUGUACCAGUACAACGGAGCGGGAGAAGACCCCAACAACAUGAACCAGGGCGGCAUGUCCCAGAUCCCAUUGAUGAACAAGCAGCCCAUCAUUGUCCUGCGCGAGGAGCUCGAAUACUUUGCUAUUCCGCCCAAGAAGGCUGUCACCGAUGCACAACCUGCUGCGCUGGAUCCAGAAGCGUUCGAGGGCACCGAUCCAAGCACCGGUCACCCCACGCCGGCGCUGCUGCGACUCAAGUACGCUUGCGGAGAUGCUCUUCUCGAUCGCAAACAGAUCUUCACCGCCUUGCAGCGAAAUGUCAACAAGGAGAACAACCUGGCCGAGCAGCACCUCAUCGACAUGCUCUGCAUGAGCGGCUUUGACCGCGAAGACACGUGGGGCUUCCGCGCACUUGAGCCCAACCGUUGCUGCAUCACCUCGAUCGCAUUGGUCUUGCUCAAGACGGGCAUCACACAUGCAGGCGAGCUCGAGGCAGAAGGCAUCAACCCAGAGUCGCUGGCUGCGAACGACUACCACGAUCCCAGCGGCCAAACGAGCAUGAUGAACAACAUUCGCGUCGACCAUCAACAAUUCGCGACUGCGCAAAAGCUGCUCCUCUUCUGGCGGAAACCGGCGAGAAAGUGUUGGUGGGACGGUAUCGACAUUGUUCUUCCUGCAAACAAGGACAACACGACUGCAGAGGCUGCACAGACUGUUCAGCCCGAUGACCUGAAUGACGCCGGCUUGACAGCAAAGGAAGUGGAGCUGCUCAAGUCUGGAAAGGGCAGGAAAGUGCGGGUCUGGGCACGCCGAGUCUGGACGUUGGAGCUCAGCCUGAUUUGA